CUUUCGGCGGUGGUACAAAUUUUGUCGUCUGCAGCUUGACGCUUUUGUCAGGUUGCACGAAAAUGACUAUCAAAGACGAAGCAGUGGACUUUGUGCUAAAAUCAGGCGGAGCAACCUACGCUCUCACUGCUGCAGUUCUUGUUCUGGCAGUGUCUUGGCUCAUCGGAAAAUGGAAACACCAGGGCACCGAAAAAUUACCUCCUCACAUUCCUUCAACUAUUCCAUUCUUGGGUCAAGCCAUUAGUUUUGCACAAAACCCUAUUGAGUUUCUCCUGGCAGCAUAUCAGAAGUAUGGGCCAGUUUUCAGUUUCACCAUGGUGGGUAAGACAUUUACUUACCUCGUGGGUUCAGAAGCUGCAGCCCUCUUUUUCAACAGCAAAAAUGAGAAUUUAAAUGCUGAAGAUGUUUACAGCCGUUUGACUACUCCAGUCUUUGGAAAAGGUGUUGCUUAUGAUGUACCUCAUCCAGUUUUUCUGGAGCAGAAAAAGAUUUUGAAGACGGGAUUAAAUAUAGCAAGAUUUCGAGAACACGUGCACAUGAUUGAAGAAGAAACAGACAGUUACUUCCGCCGCUGGGGAAACAAGGGAAAAAAUGAUCUUUUUGUGGCAAUGUCAGAGCUGAUCAUUCUUACGGCAAGUCGUUGUCUACAUGGAAAAGAGAUUCGUGCCAUGCUAGAUGAGAAAGUAGCACAGCUGUACUGGGACUUGGAUGGAGGAUUUACCCAUAUGGCAUGGCUUCUACCUGGCUGGCUGCCUUUCCCAAGCUUCAGAAAACGGGACAAGGCUCAUCUAGCAGUGAAGCAGAUGUUUUACCAAGUGAUUCAACGUCGUCGAGAAGCCAAAGAGCAGGAAGAUGACAUUCUUCAGACAUUGAUAGAUUCUACCUACAAAAGUGGUAGAAAGUUGACAGAUGAUGAAGUAGCAGGCAUGCUUAUUGGGCUUUUGCUGGCAGGACAACAUACAUCUUCAACUACUUCAUCAUGGCUUAUAUUUUUUCUUGCCAAACAUCAACACAUCCAGAAUAAGGUAUUUGAAGAGCAGAGGCACCUGGCCUGGAACGAGGCAGAUGGCAUGUGGGAGCCACUCAGUUAUGAUGUGCUCAAGGAGAUGCAGCUUUUAGACUGUUGCUUGAAGGAGACACUGCGCCUGAGACCACCUAUCAUGACUAUGAUGCGUAUGUGCAAAACUCCUCAGACUGUGAUGGGCUACACCAUUCCUCCAGGUCACCAGGUUUGUGUGUCACCAACCACUAAUCAUCGCCUGCCAGACAGCUGGAGAGAGCUUGACCAGUUCCUCCCUGAAAGAUUUCUUGAACCAGAUACUGGUAACAGUGAGAAAUUUUCCUACGUUCCCUUUGGAGCUGGCCGCCAUCGCUGUAUCGGUGAAUCAUUUGCUUACGUACAGAUCAAGACAUUGGUGUCCUACCUGCUGAGAAAGUUCCACUUUGAGCUUGUGGAUGGCUAUUUUCCUGAGGUGGAUUUCACCACCAUGAUUCAUACACCUAAAAACCCUGUCAUUGCCUAUCAUCUACGGCAGUGAUACCGUUCUCUGGCCUUCACUGUGGACUGCAUAAGGAUAUACCAAAGUGUAAGCUGGGAGAGUGGCUUGAUUAGGUAAAACUCAGGAAAAGUUUGACAAUUGAAGCUUGAAUUUUUUUUUUGCUCUCCCAGAUUUCUUGCAUCAUUAGAUUUUCUUUCACUUUGGUAAUCUAAACUGCAUGGAACUCAGCUGUAUUUGAAAAUUAAUAACGUGGCAAAGUCCAGACCUAUUUGCCAGAAAAUGUUAGGACUAAGCUUCAGGCCAGCAAUGUUUUGCCGAAGACUACUCUUUGUAGCCUUAUGAAUUAUAUGGAAAUCUAAACAGAUUUCCACAAGGACUUUGAAGUAUCAUGUAGAUUUGACUGCAGACAGAAUAAAUGAAGCUGAGAGUGGAAGGUGGUGGGAGACAAUAAAGCAAGGCUACUUUAGAGACAGUUGCCAUGACUUCUACAACAAUCAAUAUAAUAAUUUUAUAAUUUAAUAUUUUAAUAUUUUGGCUAAAGUUGACAAAAACUUCAAUAUCUAAAAAAAAAAAUUCUAUAAAGAAAAGUAGAGGUGUAGAAUGUGUAGUAGGCAUUUCAACUUGAGCUGACACUGGGCUGGUGAAGGGUGGUAUCUUUUUUAUUUUAAAAUAUGACAGUGUCGGUGAUUAUGAUUGAUGAAUAAAUGCAAUUUUUUGUUUAAAA